CGCGCGGGGCGGUCAGUCAGUCACUCAGUCGCUCGCAGGGCGGCGGCGUCUCUUGGUCCGGGCGCGGGGGGAGAGGAGCGAGGAGCGAGCCGGCGCUGCCGGCCGGCCGGGCGGAGGGAGCAUGGCGCUGUCGGUGCCGGUGAACGGGCUGAAGGAAGGUGACAAGGAGCCGCUCAUCGAACUCUUCGUCAAGGCUGGCAGUGAUGGUGAAAGCAUAGGAAACUGUCCCUUUUCACAGAGACUUUUCAUGAUUUUGUGGCUCAAGGGAGUAGUGUUUAGUGUCACAACGGUUGACUUGAAGAGGAAACCAGCAGACCUACAGAACUUGGCUCCGGGGACUCAUCCACCCUUUAUUACCUACAAUAGUGAGGUGAAAACAGAUGUGAACAAGAUUGAAGAGUUCCUUGAAGAUGUCUUGUGUCCACCCAAGUACUUAAAGCUUUCACCAAAGCACCCAGAAUCAAACACCGCUGGAAUGGACAUCUUUGCCAAAUUUUCUGCAUUUAUCAAGAAUUCCAGACCAGAGGCCAAUGAAGCUUUGGAACGUAGCCUCUUGAAAACUCUGCAGAAACUGGAUGAGUACCUGAACACUCCUCUCCCUGAUGAGAUAGAUGAGAACAGCAUGGAGGAUAUCACAGUUUCUACCCGCAAGUUUCUGGAUGGCAAUGAGAUGACAUUAGCAGACUGCAACCUGCUACCUAAACUACACAUUGUCAAGGUGGUUGCCAAAAAAUAUCGCAAUUUUGAUAUUCCCAAGGAAAUGACAGGGAUUUGGAGAUACCUGACCAAUGCCUAUAGCAGGGAUGAAUUCACCAAUACUUGUCCCGGAGACAAAGAGAUUGAAAUAGCUUACAGCGAUGUAGCCAAGAGACUCACUAAUUAAUCAGCACUUGCAAAAGAGAUGACUUCUCACAUAUUCCAUAACAGAAUGCUUCUCCUAACAGACUGCUCUUUUGCAUAUAAAAUAACAAUUUAUUUUGCAUGAAUUUGCAGUUAUUCAAUGUUACGUUGGAUAGAGCAGGUACAGUAAUUACCUAAAGUUCGCAAAACAGGAGUAAUGAGUCUUGUUUUUCUUUACCUUCUAUAGCAGCAAAUACGAAGAUUAUCAUUAAUACAAUUUGUGUUUAAUGUUGCAUUGGGGUACUCUAGACACCCCAGGAUAAAGGGUUAUUUUUCUCCACUCCUUUUCUUAUCUAUUAACUAUAGCUAAACUUGCAAACAUUUGGUCUAUUUCUGUGUAGACACUCUUUUUUGAAAUUCACUAAUUGGUCCACAAUAUUCUCUUGGUAUAUGGUACAAGAAAUAUUUAUGUAUUUUGGAAUUUACUACUUCUUAAAGGUCUGCAUGUAGGAUAAAAUAGUUAUCUACAACAUAUUGAUCUGUACCUGCUUGUUUAUCCCAGCCGUAUACCAAAGGAUCUUAUUUCCAAAAAAGCCUUUUGCAGAAUACUUGGCAAUUUUUUUAACAAGAAAACAAAAUACUGUUGGAUUACAAACAAAAGACCCCAGAAAUAUGGCCACCACAGACCCAGAUAUGAAUGCCCCAAACUGCAGGAGUUGGGAUCUUGGUCUGAAUUUUGUUUAGGGGCCUGUCAGAGAAAAUGUUUAGGUAUGGGCCUUCUGGAGCCCGAUGAGCACUAGUUUAAAAAACAAACGGUGCUGUCUGAACGGAGUUUUGGGUCUCACCAGAUACAGUUAGCAGAAGGUCAUUUUGAUGGCACAUCAUGAAGAAACCAAAAGAGCUAGACAUCCACCAUUGGUUCAUUUUAAGAACUGCAAGUGGCUGCUUUUUUGGUAGUAAAGAGCCUUUGUUCUAUGUAGGUCGUCUUAGUAACAUUUAUUUAGGAAAACUGUGCUGUCGUAAACAAUGUACAUGUAAAAUUUAGGGUUCUAGUUGAAAAUAGCUACUGUAUAUGAUAGCUAGGAGUGCAAUGAUUAGCAAUGCAAGACUGAACACACAGCAACUAGAGUAGAAAUCUUGAGAAUUUCUUUAAAGAUAUUUUUUCUGAAGCAUGUUUAAGUGACCUUUAAAAGCGAAUAUUUGCCUUAACAUACAGUAUGCAUUUUUCUAAAAGAAAAGCCCUCUUGUUUUCUCUUUAAAAAUAAUGCUCUGUGAAGUGCCAGCCUUCCUACGUAUUAAUUUAUCCCCUGACUGUCACUUGUCUACAUACCUGGACGACAGUUUUGCAUAACCGUAAUCAUUGCACUACUAUCCGUUUAGGUUUGCUGCAGCAACACUGAGGAAUAGCACUGCAAUUUUUUAAAAAGCAAUUUUCAAAUAUUUCUAAACCAGGGAAUAGUUUUCUUGUUUAAAACAAAAAGGCAAGGUUUUGAUGCAUGAAAUAAAUUACUAGGUUAUUUUAGAGGCCAUCAAACCCCCUACUCCAAAGAGCAUUAACAUAUUUUUUGUAAUGAUACUUUUUUAUAUUUAACUGAUUUUAGAAGUCUGGAAAGUGCUAUUCCUUGUAGGUUGUUUUUCCAAUAUUAAACCUACUGCAAUAACAUGAAAAUGCUCACAGAAACACACUUUUAUACACUAACAUUUUGGUAAGCACUAGUUUUAUGAAAAAUAGCAUGACUUUCUAAGCAUCCUGCUUUUGCUAUUUCAUAUAUCCAUAAAGUUAGCUUGAAAUAAGUGAUAGAGUACUCCAUAUUUGUAUACGUGGCUUAUGGUGCCUUUGUCUUGCCUUCUUAGGUCUAGAAUUCCAUUACUGUAACAACUCUCAAUUGUUACCUGUCUUUUCAAAGACAGCGAUCGAUAUGCUUAAAAUCAAGCCCUAUUAUGAUUUAUUGCAGGGGCGUUCAGGAACUGAAAGGAAAAUCUACAGAGCAGCCUGGUUAGAAAAUGAUUUGUAGCCUUCUUAUAUUCACUGUAUCCUAAAGGCCCAUUCACACCACGAAUAAAGUUUGUCUAGCAGUAAAAAUCUUCUUUAGGGGUUUAAUACUUGCCAAUGCUACGUCCAGAGAGGGGAAUUAUUUCAUUUUUUGUCAGAUUAAAACCUAGUUUGGUUUUGUUGUUAAUACAUGGAGGGUAACAAUGGGAGUUUAUUGGUUUGGUGCUUUUUUGCCUUUGUAUAGCUUAAGAUGCUCAACUAAAAAUGGAAUAUAGGAAUCGGUUUAAUUCUGGGUAUGGUUUAGUCAAUUGAAAUUAAUCUAUUAAAUUUAGAUCAGGAUGGCCCUUUGGAGUUGUUUAAUUAGUGAUCAGGCCCAAUUUUUUUGUAAACAGAUUAGGCACUCAGUAUGCACACAGCUUGUGUGUGCUGGGUAACUGUGGAUGCACACGAUCAUAAUUAACCAUUUGUAUAUACAGUGACCCAGUUUGCACACUCAGUUGUGGUAAUUGGCCACAAAAAAGCAUGCCUGUACACGUUUACCUUGUUAAAAUAUCAGGCCUGUAAUCUAGUAUAAACCAUAGAUGCUUUGUAAUUUCCCUUGAAAAAUCUAAUUAUCAUCCUCAAAACACGUUGAAUAUAAUAUGCUACAACGAAGUAAUUUUAAUGGCUGACAUGGUUAAAAGCUUGGGAACCAAGUUAAAGCUCGUGCUGUCUCUGGCACCCAUUGAUGUAUUGCUUGUCUUAACACAAUGAGCUAUUGAGUGUCAGAGGUUGGACGGCAACUAAAAACGAGCUUUUUCCCUUAUAGUCACAGUUCAAAUGAGCCUCUGGUUGGUUAGUAACUGAAAGGGGAUAUGCCAUGUGGUGGCCGCUUGCUGACCUCUGUGAAAUGAGUGGCUGUCUUUCUGAUUUCCCAUUGCAUUGCAUCACUAUAGCUGUCCCAUUUGUUGGCAUCCUCCGUAUAGAGCUUAGUGGAGACUGAACAUCUUUCACCUCUACAGGUAGUCACUCCAGGUCAGAACCGCAGGGCGUUGGCAGGGUGGUGUGUGGCGGGAUUGGCCAUCUGUGCUAUAUGUAUUUUUCAGUCUGACCCCAAUCACCAGCACUUACAGUAACCCUUAUUAAUGGGAAACUCCCUGUCCUCAUUCCCUCCCACUUUGACUGGAGAACAAGGUAUACACAUGAAUUUGGUUUUUAAACAAAGUUUUCCUUUCUGGAAAAGACUUCCUGCAUGUGCAAAACUGUUUGAGCGGGAUGCAUGUGAACCUUGAAAUGAUUUCAUGCACUGCAAACAUUUCCUAUGUGUCUGUUUUUCUCUGGCAUUCGAAGUCCCACAUGGACUACUGCAGCUGUGUAGUUGCAUAAUUCUAUUUUUCCCAUAAAAUUGGUAAUUUUCUGGAACGGGUCUGUUUAAACUGAUUGAAAAGAAUUCUGUGCAGUUCCGUGAUAAGAUAAAGAUGCAAUCAACUUUCUAUGCUAAAGAAGCAAAUUAGCUUUUCAUAUCAAAGGAACAGACACGUUGAAAAAAACUAUGUGUUGAGCCAAACCCACGGAUAUCUAUCUCCAUGUAGGACACAGUGGCUAAGAACAGCAAAAUGUACACUCUGCCAUUCAGAUAAUGAUUUGAACGUGUUAAAUGAGCAUCUUCAGAACAAAACUUUAUCUAUCCCAAGUAAGCCCACUUAGCUUGUGACACUAAUUCUUGCUUUUUGUAUGUGGGUGGGACGAAGUGGGGAGAGAUGCAAACUCCGAGAACUGGACAUCUGGAAUUGGGGCAUGGUAUGCAGAAAUACUUGACAAGUCCAUACAAUUUAUUGUAGUAUGCUUAUGGAUCAUCUUUUACAGAUAUACCAGUAUAUUGCGGGCAGCUAAAAAUAAAAUUAUAUUUUCACUACCAAA